AAAUUAACAAAAUUCCAUAAGUCAAUUAUCCUAAAACCUCAAAAAAUUUUAAACUAAAAUAUGGGAGAAGUGAAGUUAACUUCAGCGGCUGCGUUUAUCUCCUUGUUGGAGGAACCACGUCAUGAGAUUAAAACUUUUGCCCUCCAACGCCUGGAUAACAUUGUGGAUGAGUUUUGGCCUGAAAUAUCAGAAUCAAUUGAGAAAAUAGAGAUUCUGCAUGAAGAUCAAGUUUUUCAGCAACGCGAAUUAGCUGCUUUGGUCGCAAGUAAAGUUUACUUCCAUUUAGGAUCUUAUGAUGACUCUUUGAGCUAUGCUCUAGGAGCUGGCGACCUCUUUCGAGUGAAUUCUUCAAGUCAAUAUGUAGAAACAUUAAUAGCAAAAUGCAUUGAUCAAUACACCCAAAUGCGACAAGCUUUAUUCGACCGAGAGGAAACCAUUGAAGCUGACCCACGCUUAGAAUCCAUCGUCAAUCGAAUGUUCGAACGAUGUCUUUGCGAGCAUCAAUACCAUCAAGCCAUAGGCAUCGCAUUAGAAACACGUAGAUUGGACAUUUUCGAAGCUGCUAUUACCCGAUCCAACGACAUACAAGAAACAUUAAAAUAUGGCUACCAAGUAACAAUGACCCAUAUCCAACAUCGAGGCUUUCGUAGUAAAAUCCUACGCCUUAUGGUAAACCUUUAUCGUACUCUGGAUGUGCCCGAUUAUGUAAACAUGUGUCAAUGCUUGACCUUCCUCGCUGAUUCCGAUAGUGUCGCUCAAAUCCUCGGCCGAUUAAUCGACGGUGAUCUCGAAGAUCAACUGACUGCUUAUCAGAUUGCGUUUGAUUUGUACGACGCUGCUACACAGGAGUUUCUCAAGUUGAUCAUUGACGCAUUGGAGAAUACUCAAACACAAGCCGAAUUGACUACGAGUGAUUCUGAAGAUCAACUCAAUCUUCAGAGUGUGAUUAGCAUGUCGGACUCGAAUAAUUACAAGCAGAAUGUCAACAAACUAAAGACAAUCCUUGGUGGAGAUGUUCCUAUAUUAUUACACUCACAGUUCCUCAUCAGGACUAAUAAAGUGGACUAUUUGAUCCUGAAGCAUACCAAGGAAUCAGUCAGAGCAAGUAUAUGUCAAACGGCUGUUAUCAUCGCGAAUGGUUUUAUGAAUGCAGGGACCACAAGUGAUUUCUUUUUACGAGAAAAUCUCGAAUGGUUAUCAAAGGCCACAAAUUGGUCUAAAAUGGUUGCUGUUUCUUCAUUGGGGGUUAUACACAGAGGUCACGAACAGAACGCAUUGAAUUUUAUGGAGACUUAUCUCCCGAAGGAAGCUGGAAGUGCUGGUUAUACAGAAUCAGGUGCCCUGUAUGCUUUGGGAUUGAUUCAUGCUAACCAUGGAGAAAAGAUUGUGCCUUAUCUAAUACAGCAAUUGAAAGAACCAACGACCGAAACAAAUUCGAACAUCAAACACGGCGGUUGCCUCGGGUUGGGAUUGGCCGCGAUGGGCACGUGCAACGAGGAGGUUUUCUCUUUGCUUCGUGAUCGACUUUUCGAAGACGACGCUGUCGUCGGCGAGGCCGCCGGCAUCGCAAUGGGUUUGGUCAUUCUCGGGUCAGCAAAUCAGGUUGCCAUCGACGAUUUAGUUGCUUACGCACAAGAAAGCCAGCAUGAAAAAAUCCUGCGUGGUUUAGCCUUGGCUUUGGCUUUCACCAUGUUCGCACGGCUUGAAGAAGCGGAUAGUUUAAUCGCUCGAUUGAUGACUGAUAAGGACCCGAUUCUGCGACGCUCUGCAAUGCACACCAUCGCGAUGGCUUACGCCGGAUCUGGCAAUUCAAUCGCGAUAAGGAAACUUUUACACUUUGCGGUUUCGGACGUCAAUGACGACGUGCGACGGGCAGCUGUUAUCGCGAUUGGGUUUCUGCUCUUCAGGACCCCAAGCCUAUGUCCUUCCAUGGUUUCCCUCCUUGCUGAAAGCUACAACCCGCACGUCCGUUAUGCCUCCGCAAUGGCACUGGGUAUCGCUUGCGCUGGUACCGGCCUACGUGAAGCGAUCGCCAUCUUGGAACCUAUGAUCCAAGCGGAUCCGAUAAACUACGUACGGCAAGGCGCUUUGAUAGCCUCGGCGUUGAUCUGUAUCCAGCAUACGGAACAAACUUGCCCACGCUCCACCGCAUUACGGGCACAAUACGCUGAUGUGAUCAAGAAUAAGCACGAAGAUGUUAUGAGCAAGUUUGGGGCUAUCGUGGCGCAGGGUAUUAUUGAUGGCGGCGGACGCAAUGCUACGUUGAGUUUGGAAUCGCGCACUGGUCAUGUGAAUAUGUUUGCUUGCGUGGGGACAAUGCUUUUUACCCACUACUGGUAUUGGUAUCCAAUGGCGCAUUGCUUAUCUUUAGCUUUCACACCAACUUGCUUGAUUGGUUUAAACCGAGAUCUGAAUAUGCCUAUUUUACAAUUUAAAUCCAAUGCAAAACCUUCGACAUAUGGUUAUCCUCCUGCUGUUGAGGAGAAAAAACGUGAAGAACUUAUUAGAGGUUCAUCUGCUUUGUUGAGUGUUGCUGCAAGAAAGAAGAAGAAAUAUGAUAAACUUAAGAGUAAAUUGGAUGAAAAUCAGCUUAAGAAAGCGCAUGCCUCAUCAAAGUCCGGUAAUAAAUCUAUAUCAAACGAUAAAGAAAAAGAUAAAGAGAAGCCAAAGGAAACGGAAAAGGAGGCAGACUUUGAAAUAAUCAGUAAUCCGGCGCGCGUGAUGCAGCCGCAGCUCAAGGCGGUGGUUUUCGUCACUGAUGGCAAUCACGUGCCCAUCAAGGACGUGAGCAAUGGCGGCAUCAUCAUGCUGAAGCGCUGUAAGAUUGAGGAGGAGGAGAUUGUCGAGUUUGUGUCAGCGCACGGACCAUCCAUGUCGGAGGAGAAGGAGCCCGAACCUCCGCAACCCUUCGAAUGGCAUGAAGAUUAAUUUACAACAAUGAAAAUAAUUUUCGCGGAAAUUGAUUUAGGCUACUAAAUUUACUUGCAAGAUUUAAGACGCAACUCAAAGUACAAAGCAAUGUUAUGCUAGGCAACUCAAUAAGCACACACAAGUUUUAUGUUUAUUUAUUGAGAACGAAAAGUGUAUUACCAAUAAUUUUACAAAAUAAUCCAAAUUUAACGUUAUCUUCUUAAA